AUGCCCAGGGCAGCAGUAUUGUGUGCGGAGGACGGGGUCGAGAGGGGGUUGGAGGGGAUUCUGCGAGCAUCAGGGGAGGGGAGAGACGAAGGAGAGGAGUAUGUGGGGGAUGGUACAGAUGUAGGAGCAUUUGGGGAAGAUUUCUCCAGAACAGAGGUAGUUGUGGGGAAGGGAUUGACUUUGGGCGAGGGUGCUGGUUUUGAGGAAAAGGUGGAGGGAAGUGUUGUGAGGAGUGAGGAGGGUUCUAGAGCAGGUCAUGCACGUUUGGAAGGAGACGGUUCGGAAGGAGGCGGUUUGGAAGGAGGCAAUUCAAAAGGAGGCGGUUCGGGAGGAGGCGAUUUGGAAGGAGGCGGUUCGGGAGGAUUAGGUUUGGAAGCAGCUGGUUUGGAAGGAAGCGGUUUGGAAGGAGGGGAAGCGAAUGGAGGCGAUUUGAAUGGUGAUGGUGUGGAAAGAGACGAGGGGAGCAGCUGUUGUGUUGCGCAAGUGGGUGAACAGGUGGAUGAGGAAGUGCAAGGGGGGGAAGAGGAGGAUAAAGAGAAGGAACAAGAGAAAGGAUUGUUGGAACAAACGGAGGAGGUUGAAGCAAAGGAGGAAGAGAAGGAGGGGAAGGAAGAGGAGGAGGAAAAAGAGAAAGAAGAAGAGGAGUUAGGGAUGGAAGAGAAAGAGGAGGAAGAGGGCAAGGACGAGGAGGAGAAUGAGGAGGAGGAAGAGGAGGGUGAGGAGAGAGAGGAGGUGAUGGUGAAAGUGAAAGGGAGAGAGCAAGGAGGUGAGGAUGGAAGUGACGAUAGUGAGGAGGAGAGUGAAACAGAGAGUGAGGGAGAGAAGGAGGAGGAAAGAGCGGCAGAUGGAGAGACAGUAGGAGACGCGGGAGAAGAGGAGGAGCAGCAGGGGGUAACUGAGGAGAAGGAGAAGGAAGAGGGGAGAUCUAGAGGAAUGGCGAGUGAGGGAGGAGUGGAUGGAGGAGGAGGAUCAAGAAGAGGGUGUGAUGGGGAGGAAGAAGCCGCAUCGCAGCCAGAGCAGGAGAAGCAGGUGCGAGGGGAGGGGAGGAAAGAGUAG